UCUAUUGGAAAUAGUGAUCUGUAGCGUAUGUGAAAUCUAACUUUCUAUAAGCUCUUUCUAGUUCGCUAAAUUCAUUUUCUGGAGUCCUGACGGAGUAGUAUGACUUUAACAUAUUCGCUGCAAAGUUUACAUCUCACAGCUUACAAAGAGCUGUUGUCGAUUUGUGGUAAUUUUUAAAGGGAUUCAUUUAUACAAAAUUGCAUUGUUUGUAGGUGAUUUGUUUUUACGAUUGUUGCGGGCUUAAUAAAUACUAGAACACCGCUUGUAGCAGCACUGGUUUAGCUAUAGCAUUCAGUGUGCUCUUUUUGCUUAUUAGAAACGAUACGGACCGUAUCUACAAGCAGAGCCCGGAUACAAGUCGUUUCCGGAUUUAAACUCUCCAAGUUGUGCGCAUAACUCUUUAAUCGGUCGGAAACACCGUUGAUACACAUAUACAGAAUCAUACAAGCACUUUCAAUUAGAUUAUGACAAGCGGAUUAUCUCGGAGAAGGGUCGUUUCAGGCAACUCCAUCGAAAAUGAUCAAGAAGCCAAAAAUGUCGCAUUGAUUAAAAGCAAAGCGGCGCAGAGUCGUGACGACGAUCACAAAAUUGCUUUUGACCCGAAAGACCUUGAACAAGGUACUGAAAGUGAGAAACAACCCAAGGUAACUCUUAUGGAGGAAGUGCUCCUUUUGGGUCUCAAGGACAAGCAGGGAUACUUGUCUUUCUGGAAUGAUAGUAUUUCUUAUUCUCUUCGGGGAUGUAUUUUAAUUGAGCUUGCUUUUCGUGGAAGAUUACGCAUGCAAAAAGAUACAAAUCGAAAGCGUUUCCCGUUGGCUGAUCGCAUGGUGGAACUUGUGGAUGAUAGAUUGACAGGCGAGGUAUUGCUCGAUGAAGCUAUCAAGAUGAUCCACUCGAGUGAGCCAAUGUCCGUUACGUCUUGGAUUGACCUCAUGAGCGGUGAAACUUGGAAUGUCAUGAAAAUUGGUUACCAACUGCGUCAAGUUCGUGAACGUCUUGCCAAAGGUUUGGUUGACAAAGGUAUUCUCAGAACUGAAAAGAAAAAUUUCUUACUUUUCGAUAUGCCCACUCAUCCUAUCGCAGACACUUCUAUUAAGGAGGGUUUAAAGCGACGUGUUUUGUCCAUGCUGACAGACCGUAUCGUCGAGCUUGAAAACACAACUGCUUUUUCUGCCAAUGUGCAAUUUCGCUACUUGCGUACAAUAUGCCUUGUUUGCUCUGCCUAUGCAGCUAAUGUUUUGGAAAAUGCUCUAUUAGUCUUAGACUUCGAAAGACGUGAUAGAGCCCUUGCACAAGUUGAUGAACUAUUGUCCGAAUUCUCCCAAUGGCCAUUCCUCAUUCAUCCCUCAAAUAUCGGUGCAAACUUGGGUGAAGCUGUUGGGCAAGAAUUGGAACCUUUAUCUGAGGAUCAGAUGUUAUCUAUUGAAGUUGUCGCUGCUGUCUUGCAGGUAUUCACUCAUUUAGAUUCCUUGCUUUAAAUCCUCAUCCUUUGUUUUCCUCGUUAUUUAGCUUUUUAUGUAUUCUGGAAAAGCGGUGUUUUCGUGAGACUUUGUCAUGUAAGCCUUAUGUUUUGUGCUCACUUCUAUUAUUGAAUUUGAAUUUCCAACCAAACGUUGACUUCUCUUGCAUUUUCUUCCUCUUUUUAUAUUGAUUCAAUGACCUUUUGAAUUUAUUAUUCGGCUCUUUCUUUCUUUGCCUCUCCUUUCUCCUAUUCUCUCUUUCAUGUGGUCAUUGAAUUCAGCACUUCUUCGUUUCAUCUUCCACCUAUUCCUGCCGCCGAAGCCUCGUCUUUCUUCCUUAUGUGCUUAUGUACGUCAGUGAGCUAUUCUCUGGAUGAUAUGGUCUUUUUUGGAGAGUUGCAAAUUAUUAUAACGAUACAUAUGAGUGUAAGUUCUACUCCUUCGAAAGCCGAUGUGUGUUUCCGUAAUAUUUCAUUCUUUGUUAUUUUUAUUUGGAGCUUCUUACAACGUUAAUAGAAAUCUUUUUUAAAAGCCUUGAAAAUGUUUAAUCAUUUUGUUACAUUUAUUUAGAUUGCAACUAUAUACUUUUGGUUAAUUACAUACGAAAUCACAGCCCAAUCUAUCUGUAAAGAUGUAAAGAUGUUUUGAUUUCGUGAAAGAUUUGUUUAUCAUUUAGUGAGCUGGU